AUGUCUGCUACUACUGGUAACCGUUUUGGUAACUACGAUAUCCACUUUGUUGAAGGUCAAGAUGAAAUUGCUGAAGAUGGUGUCCUUGUUAUUAACAGAAAUAACAGAGCUCAAUCCAAGUUCCCAGAUUUCCUUCCAACUUGGGACCCACAACAAAAGUUUGCUCCAUUGAAGUUCUUCAAACACCAAGACCCAGGUGCUCGUGCUGACAAGUCUCUUCCAACUUUAUUCCCAAAGGAUGGUGAACACAAGUUGAAGAACGUUACACCAAAGUUCGGUACCGAAGUUUUCGGUGUCCAAUUAUCAGAAUUGGACUCUGCUGCUAAGGACGAAUUGGCUCUCUUUGUUGCUCAAAGAGGUGUGGUUAUCUUCAGAGAUCAAGAUUUCGCAACCAAGGGUCCAGAAUUUGCAGUCAAGUAUGGUGAACAUUUCGGUCCAUUACACAUCCACCCAACCUCAGGAGCCCCAAGAGACCACCCGGAACUUCAUAUCACUUACCGUAGAGCGGAUAAGGGUGAGUUCGACAGAGUGUUUUCUAAGCGUACCAACGCUAUUGGCUGGCACUCUGAUGUUUCCUACGAAUUGCAACCUCCAGGAACUACAUUUUUCGCUGUCUUAGAAGGUCCAGAAAGUGGUGGAGAUACUAUCUUCUCCGAUACUACUGAAGCUUACAACAGAUUAUCUCCAGAAUUUCAAAAGAGACUUGCUGGACUUCAUGUGUUGCACACUUCAGAAGAUCAAGCCAAGAACUCCGUAGGACAAGGUGGAAUUGAAAGAAGAAAGCCAGUCUCUCACAUCCAUCCAUUGAUCAGAGUACACCCUGCUACUGGAAAGAAGAGUAUUUUCCUUAACAGACCAUUUUCCAGAAAGAUUGUGGAAUUGAAGGAAGAAGAGAGUGACUUUUUGUUAAAUUUCUUAUACAACCACAUUGAAACUUCUCACGAUUUACAAUUGAGAGGAAGAUGGGAACCAAAUUCCGUUGUUAUCUGGGAUAACAGAAGAACUUGUCAUUCCGCUGUCAUUGAUUGGGAUACCCCAGUCUCCAGACACGCUUUCAGAAUUACUCCACAAGCUGAAAGACCUGUUGAAAACAUUGAAGAUUUAAACAAGGAAGAUUUCGACUUGGGAGAUGUUGAAGCUGCCUUGAACCAGCUUGUGGCAUAA